GUCUUGGCGGCAAUCCCUUCCUUCCUAAGGCGGUGGUGUCGUCUUCUGCUCUCGUAACCUACGUAAGACCGUCGUCCAUCAUCUUCACCACGUCCCACUUUAUAUCCCACUUUGCUGUCGCCUACAAGCUAUGCCUUUCACUAGAAAAAAGCGCGUGCUAAGUUCCGAUCAUGAUUCUGGCGAUGAUGAGGUCUCUCAUGUGAAGAGAGCCAAACCGAUCGGACAAAGUAAACCCGCGACCACUGCCUCAAACUCCUCCGCAAAAGUUGACGCGAAUGGUGAAAAAUACUGGGAGAUAUCUAAAAUGCGACGCGUCAAUGUCUCAUCGUUUCGAGGAAAGAAUAUGGUUAAUAUCAGAGAGUAUUACGAGAAAGAUGGGCAAGAGCUUCCUGGCAAGAAAGGGAUUUCUUUGCCCGUUGACCAGUUUGCUUGUCUCUUGAAAAUACUGCCAGAGAUAGAGACUGCGCUUGGGGAGCUUGGGGAGCCUGUUCCCCGGCCAGAAUAUGAUGCGAUUAAGAGUAACACAGACGAAGGAGAUGAGCAGCAGGGUGAAAGCGAGGGCAACAUCAAUAACCCACCAGAUUCAAAAAAGAAUAUUGAGAUGACAAGCGAGGAAGAUGAAAGUGAAGAGUAAAUUAUUACCAAGUUAAUACAGUCGAGACCAUUAUUUCAUACCAUGGCUACAUAAUUAAAACAGUUGUGCUUGGUAGUGAUUUGAAG